AUGCCCGACGCCCCAUCCUCCAGCCAAGGAGAGCGCUCAGGUCUUAGGGCGUGGAGUGGGGGUUGCAGUGCCUUAGGGUGGGGAGGCGGGGCACAGAGCUGUGGCGGGAGCCUCCGGCGGGUGGCCCUCACUUGGCAAGGACCGGGACACCGUGCUGCAGCGAGGGGAGGCGACUCCUGCCCUGCAUUCCGCGAUAGGCCUGAGUUGGGGGGCUCAGAGCUGCGGGUCGAGCGUUCAGCAGGGGGCGCUGCUCCGGGCGCUGGGCGGGGGUGGGGUGGGAGAGGAGUGGGGCAGCGGCUUGCUGCGCACACUUCCCCCAUUAUUAAACACUGUGUUCAAAAGGCGUCGCGGGACUUCCCGGAGCCACGGAGCCCGUGUCGCGCGACGGAACGGCCCACGGAGCCCAUGGACCUGAGCGCCGCCGCCGCGCUGUGUCUCUGGCUGCUGAGCGCGCAGUUCAGCUCACCAAGCUGUCGCAGGAACGGCUCGGUGGUGCCACACCACUUCAUGAUGUCGCUUUACAGGAGCCUGGCUGGGAGGGCUCCGGCCACGGCAGCCUCGGGGCACGGCCGCGCGGACACGAUCACUGGCUUCAUUGACCAAGCGACUCAAGGUACUUUACGUAUCUUCUAUGCCAGCACAUCCUGUCUGCUCCUGAGGGCCCCUGUCAGCAGGCUGCAUGGGGUGGACAGUGGCUUCUGUGUGGGAAGUGUGGGCGCCUGUGUUCUGUGGCAGCCAGGCCCCAGUGGCCUGAGUCCAGGACUUCAGUUGUGUGGGGAGGACAGGGAUGCCUGGAGCUCAAGCGUCCCAUCUUACCCUGUGCUGGACCCUCCAAAGCUUCCCCGAGCUGAGUGCGGAGCUGCGACCAUUCCUCCGCUGCUGCUGCUGCUGUCCACCUGUCCCGACGCCACCCGCACACCUCACCUACUGCACUCGCGGGCUGCCGAGCCCCUAGAAGCCGCGCGCUGGGAAGCAUUCGACGUGACCGACGCGGUGCAGAGCCACCGUCGCGCGCCGCGCGCCUCCCGCAAGUUCUGCCUGGUGCUGCGCGCGGUGGCCGGCUCCGGGAGCAGCCCGCUGUCCCUGCGGCGACUGGGCUUCGGGUGGCCGGGCGGCGGCGAUGGCCCCGCUGCCGAGGAGCGCGCGCUGUUGGUGAUCUCCUCCCGUACACAGAGGAAGGAGAGUCUGUUCCGGGAGAUCCGCGCCCAGGCCCGCGCGCUGCGGGCCGCCGCUGAGCCACCACCCGAUCCGGGACCAGGCGCUGGGUCUCGGAAAGCAAUCCCGGGCGGACGCAGGCGAAGGCGGACGGCUCUGGCGGGGACGCGGGGAGCGCAGGGCAGCGGUGGAGGUGGCGGCAAGGGCCAUGGGCGCAGAGGCCGGAGUCGCUGCAGCCGCAAGCCUCUGCACGUGGACUUUAAGGAGCUGGGCUGGGACGACUGGAUCAUCGCACCAUUAGACUACGAAGCGUAUCACUGCGAGGGCGUCUGCGACUUUCCUCUGCGCUCGCACCUGGAGCCCACCAACCACGCCAUCAUUCAGACGCUGCUCAACUCCAUGGCGCCCGACGCGGCGCCGGCCUCCUGCUGCGUGCCCGCACGCCUCAGCCCCAUCAGCAUCCUGUACAUCGAUGCCUCCAACAACGUGGUCUACAAGCAGUACGAGGACAUGGUGGUGGAGGCCUGCGGCUGCAGGUAGCAUUCCUUCUGGGGAGGGCCUUGCUGCCCAGGACCCCAGCAAAAGAGCAGCCUCAUCCUGGCCUGUCACCAGGCCGGGAGGGACGGUGGAAUAUGGCCUCCGCCUGCGCAGAGGAGAGCACACAGUUCACACUCACAUUUACACACUCCUUCACUCGCGCACACAUUUACCAUGGACAGCAGGCGCGGAAAGCCUUGUGCAGAUGCGACGACUGGAUGUCACAGUCAUGUUUAUAUAACAUCGAUACAAACCGCUGUCUCCUUUAGAAGGGUGUCUGUGUUGAUGUUGCGGUAAUUGGCACGAAGUCCAAGUAGAAAGGGGUUAGCAUUGGAUUCUCCAUUUAGUUGGAGGCUGGGUGGCUGGAUUUCUGGCAAUGGACACUGAGUCCCCCUGCAGGGCUGUAAUACCCAGAUUCUCUGGAUGUGUGCAUUGGGAAUCUUCAAAAAGCAAGGAACCACUGGGGAAAAAAAAAGCACCGAUCCCCUAAACAAGCCCGAUGUGGUGCUGUCUCAGUUUUGAAAAGGAAGCUUUAUCCAAAAGAAUGGGUUGUGCUGCAAAUAUCAAUAACGACUUAAAAAAUAUUAGUUCCAACUAGGAAUUAUCUGGGAAGUAGGAAGAAUAUUUUUCUCUUGGAGGUGUGUGAAAUGGCGGAAAAGAGUGCGGAAUAGGAGCGGCCAGGUUUAGAAGCAUCUAGAAGGUUGGUAGCAGGAGGAAGUUAGAGCAAUGGCUGUACAUGGGUUGCAGAGGCAGCUGGGGUGUGUGCCAAGAGGGUUUCCCAAGAGGCUGCAAAGGAGGCUCUCAGGGCUUGCGUGUCCUGGGGCAGCUCCAGGGGAGGAUCCAAGCCCACUGGCCAGGUGGGCACAGCCCCCUCCCAAAGGCCGUGUGUGCCUAUACUUUGCUGUCACAUCCGUGCUGGCCCCAGUGUGCCUCUCACUGUGCUUGUUGGGAACUUUUUGACAGUGUGACAGUGACAGGAAGUGAAGCCACACACAGAUGCCUUUGUCAGAUCUAAAGGCACAGCCUGGACCUGCAGUGCAGGAAGAAGUUGGUCCUUGCUCCUAGACUGUGGUCCUUGGUGUGGGAUGAGCAGGUGCAAGCCUGUCUCCCAUCUCCAGAAGUUUUGCUCUACUGAGGUGUUUGAUUUCUUGGUGGCUGUCCAUCCUUUGAGAUCUCCUGCCAACGGUUGGGACAGAGAAAUAAUCUGGGCUGCACCUGUCGGAGGGCUUAGACAUUAUGCUGUGUUUUCUCCUUUAGGCUGUGGGAGAGGUAUUAAUUCUGCCCUUGUCUUGGAUGCCAAGGUCCAGGACAGUUUAUGGGUGUUUUAGUUAUUAGUGGUUACACUUCACUCCCCAGAGACAAUGAAGAUGAAGAUUUAGACCCAGCUAAUUUAUUUAAGAGCCCCAUCUGAGUCCUUUUCAUUUUGCAAAAUUUCCCCCCAAGGGGAAAAUAAUCCAUGUAUAAUUUAUUCUUAAAACAUAGAUUUCUCUUCUUUUAGAAUAUGAACUUGUAUGGCUGUGAAUAGCUGUAACCAGAAAAUGCAACAAUUUCAGUUUUGUUUUGUUUUAAAUCACAAAGUGGCUAUUCUUGAUAGGAUUUCAUCUCUUUUUGGUGACUGGGCAGAGAUAUCUGUCCAGAUUUUGGAUUCUGCAAGAUUCCCCUCUUCUGUUUUUUUUUUCUUCCUUCCUUCCUUCCUUCCUUCCUUCCUUCCUUCCUUCCUUCCUUCCUUCCUUCCUUCCUUCCU